CAAUAUUUCCUUAACCGCUGUGCACAUGACAAAGUUCACGCAUGUCCGCGAAUGGCCGCUUCUGGAGUCUGCGCUGUUUGUUCUCAUGUCGUACGCCGCUUUCCUCAUCGCAGAAGUGUGCGAACUUACAGGCGUUGUGGCAGUACUGUUCUGCGGGAUUUGCCAAGCCCACUACACAUACAACAACCUGUCAUCGGACUCCCGUAACCGGACCAAACAACUAUUCGAACUGCUGAACUUCUUGGCUGAGAACUUCAUAUUCACCUACAUAGGGGUUUCGAUGUUCACCUUCCCGAAACACCAUUUCGACCCGUGGUUCAUCAUUGCUGGAUUUAUCACUUCGACCCUGGGCCGAGCCGUUAACAUCUAUCCUUUGUCGUUCCUGUUGAAUUUGGGAAGAAAACCACCCAUCCCGAUGAACUUCCAACACAUGCUUUUCUUUUCUGGUCUCCGAGGCGCUAUGUCUUUCGCGCUAGCCAUCCGCAACACGGUGUCCGAAGCGCGGCAAGCUAUGCUGACCACCACUUCGCUGAUCGUUAUCGCCACCGUGGUUCUUCAAGGCGGGGCCGCGACGCAUGCACUGGCUUACCUACGUAUACCUACCGGGGAAAACCAAAAUGAUGAAAACGAAGCUCUUCCCUACCGCGAUGUUAGAAGUCUCUACCAGGCUACGGACUCCGGCGGACCGACUGGCAGCAUGGUAGUUAAGUGGGGCAAUGGCGCGAAGGGAGUGGUUAUGCCUUGGCAACUUAACUCGUAUGACGAGGGCGGUAGAGGAUCAGGCGACGGCACUGUGGGUGAGAAAGCCCGCCUCGCCAGGCUUUGGGGCGCCGUGGACUCGCGUCUGCUCAAACCCCUGCUUACCCACGCUCGGCCCCCUCUCACUGAAACUCUGCCGGGUUUCAUGAGACCCGUAGCUCGAGUGCUGACGACCACCCACCAAUAUACACAAGGGGAUAAUACCCUUAGAAGAACUGAUUCUGAUUCUGAUCUCUGCAUUGAUGAAACACAACCUGUACCUACAAGCAUUGAUCCACAGCUGUCGAUUAAUGUUCGGAACGGAUAUGGGCAUGUUUAAAAGCUUUAUAGUAUAUUUUUGAAUUACGGCUGUGAUAUAAAAUGGUUCACGUAGUAGGUAGUUAGAGAAUUGUUUAAAUUAAUGGAGGACAAUAUUUCUUGAUUAUUGCACGCAGCAAAUUUGGCCUGGACUCGUCGACACACGGAUAUCGGUAGAGGGUAUCACCGGCAGUAAUAUAUAAUCGUACCUGCCAGUUAACAAAAUGUAAUAACAGAGUGCCACAUUAAAUAUAAUUAUGUAUUGUUUUUUUUUUAAUAUCAUUCAAAUAAAAUAUUUUAAUGUAGUGCUGGUGCACUCUUUAUGUACAUUUUAUCAUUUUUAGAUGAGCUCCAAGUAUUUACUACCUGAAUGUGAUAUUAUAGUAAAUGUAAUGUGAUUUUUGUGACAUGUUGAAAAGACCAACAAAUAAUCCUUUAUUAAAUACUUUGUAUGUGCUCUACUAUCGUAAUUCAUGGCAGAUUAUGUCGAUCUUUCUAGUCUACUUUAGAAGAUGUAAAUUGUAUCAUCUAUCUUUAAUAUACUUUGAUGUAUUUUGCUAUUCCGCUUUUGACAGUGUCUUUAAAAUAUUUGGCUUUUUUAAAUUAUUAACCCAUUAAAUGGGCUUUAUAUUAUUUUAUGGUCAUUUGAAGUAUUUGAAAACCUUUAUAUCUGAUCUGGGGUACGAUUCUCAUGCAAUCGAAAAAAGUUCACAUUCGAAAAAUAAUUCGAAGAUCGUUCAGAGGGUUUUAUUAGGUUUUUUCGACUAUUUACACCGUUUGUGCAUUCUCAGAAGUUCACAAUCGAAAAAGUUCGAUCGAAAACCACUCGAACGCUACGAGUGCUAUGUACCAGUCGAUGUUAAAAUUCGUAUACGAAUUUGCCUGUCAAAGUACUCCAAGUCAUAAUCCUAUGAACUGUGAAAUAAAACCAAGAAAUUUUGUAUUUUGCAAGGAUAAUUAAUUUGUUAUAAUAUAUGCCUCCAAUAAAACUCGUAUGAAGAAAACUAAAUUGUUUGUUAUAUUUUUUUCAACGAUGACAUUGGCACUAAAAAGACUUGUACACGUAAUGAAAUAUUUAAAAUUGAACCUUUGUUAAAUUUAAAACUUUGUUUUGUGAUACUGUGUAUUAAUUAUACGGAAGUUACAGCACGUUUUGACAAACAUCGCAACAGACCGUAAAAAGAGUUCGUAUACGGAAAAAUUUGAUUGCAUGAGAAUUGUAUUCCUGUAUUACAACACUUUGAAUGUAGGUUAGUAUUACUUGUAUUUUGUUAUUAUCAAGCUGAUUGGGUUACCUAGGAAUCUACAUUUUAUCAAAAAAGCCUUAUGUUACACGUUCAUCCUUAGAAUAUUUAUUGAAAAAUAGGUAAAUAGGUGACUUGAAUAAUACAAUUUUAAUUUUACUCUAAGUAGUAAUUAUGACAUAAUUUCACUUAGUUAUAAUUUAGAUCUUGACAAUGUUUACAUUAUCAUAAUUAAUAUCAGGCACAUUAGUGUUGUCUUUCUGAUUAGCUGUACAAACAAUGUUAAUUUCUCUCAUAGCUAUUGAUUGGAAACAGAUUUCACAGGGUUAUUUGUGUGUGCUUAAUUGAAAUUA